AUGGCGGCCGCCGCGGGUGACGGCGGCAGCGUCCCGCAGAAGACCACCGGGGCGGAGGCACCUUCCGCCUCUGACCCGCCCGUACCCCGGCAUAUCAUGCCGCACGAGGAGUGCGUCGCCGGCGUCCGCUCGGCUCUCAAAGAUCCGACGGUGCGGUUCCUGAGGGAGCGGAUGGAGAAAGCCGGGUGCACCGUGUGGCCGAUGCUGAUCCGGGCGGCCACCUGCGCCUCUGCCGGGGGCUACGCAAGCCGCGAGGGGAUAGAAGUUUGCUGUAAUCACAUGGAAUAUCCUGAUCAGAUAACUCAGACCAUAACUCAUGAGUUAAUACAUGCUUAUGAUGACUGUGUUGGCAAGAACAUGGACUGGACGAACUGCGCUCACCAUGCUUGCUCUGAGAUUCGAGCUAAUCAUCUUAGUGGCAAUUGCCAUUACAAACGUGAACUGAUGAAAGGCUUCCUGAAGAUAAGGGGGCAUGAGCCAGAAUGUGUUAAAAGACGUUCGCUGGAAUCUGUCAAGAACAACCCUUACUGUUCAGAGACAGCUGCAAAAGAUGCAAUUGAGGCUGUGUGGAAUAUAUGCUACAACGACACACGCCCGUUUGAUAGGGCUCCAUGA